AUGGCGGCGGGCCUGGCCACGAGCCGCGGCGCCGGAGGGCUGAUCCGGCUGGAUAUUUACAUGGAUCUGCUGUGUCCGUGGUGUUUCAUCGAGAAGCACAGCCUGGAGGCGCUGAUGCAGCGCUACCGAGACGAGCAUCCCGAGGUGCGCUUUGAGGCCAUGUUCAGGCCGUAUUACAUUGCGCCGACGAUGGCGAAGCACGGCGUCGAAAAGCGCGGCAUCUACGACCGCCUCGAGUCCCUCAACCCAAACUUCCUCUCCCGCAUCCAAGUCGCCGGCGCCAAGCACGACAUCGCCUUCUCCAUCCGCGGCGUCACCGGCAACACCCGCACCGCCCACCGCCUCAUCGCCGUCGCCCUGCGCGAGCUCGGCCCAGCGGGCCAGUCCGGCGUCGUCGAGCAGCUGUACCAGGGCCACUUUGAGGACGGGCGCGACCUCGGCGACGAUGCCUGGCUGGUCACCGUGGGCGUGGCCGCGGGCAUUCCCGAGGCGGUUGUGCGGUCCGGCCUGGAGGAUGAGGAGGCGGGCAGGAGGCUCGAUGCCGUGGCCCAGGCGGCGAGGGAUGUCAUGGGUGUCGAGGCCGUGCCGUGCGUGAUGGUGCAGGAUCGGUACAAGGUCGGAGGCUAUCAGGAGGCCCAUGUCUUUGAGAGCUUGUUUGAGAAGAUACGGCUGGCGGGCGAGGGUCUGUGA